AUGACAAUUAUUGAUAGGCUUCCAUUGCAUGGGGUUAAAAUCCUUGAUUUAACACGUGUUUUAGCCGGACCUUUUGCUAGUAUGAUAUUGGCUGAUUAUGGUGCAAAUGUAAUUAAAGUUGAAAAACCUGGUCAAGGUGAUGAUACACGAACAUGGGGACCACCAUAUGUUGAAGAUCAAAGUAUAUAUUUUUUAAGUAUUAAUCGAAAUAAACAAAGUAUUGCUAUCGAUAUGAGUCGUCGAGAAGGUCAAACAAUUAUUCGUGAGUUAGCUAAAAAAAGUGAUAUUUUAAUUGAGAAUUAUUUACCUGGACAAUUGAAGAAAUUUGGUCUUGAAUAUAAAGAUCUUCAAUCGAUUAAUGAUAAACUUAUUUAUUGUUCAAUAACAGGUUAUGGAAGUAAAGGACCGUAUUCAAAAAGACCCGGUUAUGAUUUAAUGAUUCAAGCAUUAGGUGGAAUGAUGAGUAUAACAGGAAGUUCAGAACCUGUCAAAACUGGUGUUGCUGUUGUUGAUAUGGCUACUGGUUUAUCAAGUAUUGGAGCUAUUGUGGCUGCUUUAUAUCAACGUGAAAAAACUGGAAAAGGAACAAAAAUUGAAUGUUCAUUACUUGAAACUCAACUUUCUCUUCUAUCACAUCUUGCUGCUAGUUAUUUAAAUGCUGGUUGGGAAUCUCAACGUCAUGGCACAGCUCAUGCAUCUAUCGUUCCUUAUCAAGCAUUUACAUGUCAAGAUGGUGAACGAAUAGUUGUAGGAGCUACAAAUAAUCAGUUUUUUCAUGAACUUUGUGCAAUUACUAAUUUACCUGAACUAACGACAAAUGAUCUAUUUAAAACUAAUGCUCUUCGUGUUGCUAAUAGAGAACAAUUAAUUUCAAUUUUAUCAAAAAAAUUUUUGGAAAAACCAUUAGCUGAAUGGCUUAAACUUUUUAAAAAAUCAAAUAAAAUUCCAUAUGAUCCUAUCAAUAAUAUGAAAGGUGUUUUUGAGAAUGAACAAAUUACUUUUCUUCAACAAGUUCUUGAAAUGAAGAAUCCAAAUAGAACUAAAUCAGUUCAAAUUGUUGGUCCAUCAGUAAAUUUUGAAAAUAUUGAAAAAUCUUCAAUGCUUCGUCAUGCUGCACCAUUACUUGGUGAACACACUCGUUUUAUUCUUCAAACCGAACUUAAAUAUACAAAUGAGCAAAUUGAUAAACUCCUUCAAGAUAAAAUUAUCCAAUAA